AUGGAGGUCAUCGACAAAUGGGUCGCCGAAUUUUUCAUCCGUCGCCAACAAAAUCCUAAAGUUCCACCUAUAACCCUACUUUCGGCGCUGAAAUUUGGAGAUUCCCCGGAGUGCCUGAAUCUCAAGAUAUCUUCAGUUUUGCGGGACAUCUCCAGUUCCUUGAUCCGAGGUACGGUCGGCGAGGGAACGCUUGACUUACUCGAGACUCUAGAGAAGCUUCUGUUGCAGCAACAUUCGUCACUCAUGGAGUCUCACAAGACUGCUUAUUGCUGGAUGGCUGCUGAGUGCACGCUUAGAUUCAUGUGGCCAUUGUCUGCUUGGGAAGGCGUCUUCACCGACGCCAUCGAGAGGAUAUGGACGAAUCGGAUUGGGGUUUUGAAGGAGAGUGGUAGCGGUUUGGUGACUGAUGAGUUGUUGAAGUGGGAGACUGAUCUGACGACGGCCGUUGUGGAUCCUGAGUUCUAUCAUCGGAUUCGCGUGACUAACAUCAGGUACACUGCCGUUUCCUUCCUCACUCAGUUUCUCAAAGAACAGUGGGCACUACUUGGAAGCUCCUCUCUUGAAUCAGAAGCUCAAAGGAGGUUUCUUAAGCGCAAGGCUGAGAACCACUUAGAGGGCGAUUGUGUUGACAACAGAAAGGAUCCAAGUGAUGUUGAUGAAAGCACGAGGCUUUUGGAGGAUGACACCAUUGAUGAUGUCAGCGAGCGGCGUGGAACCGGUGAAGGGAAGGACGGCAAUGAGAAGGAUAGAGAUGUUGAAGAAGUGGGAAGUUUGGAGAAUGAUAAGGUGAUUGAACAACAUGCAUCAGAGGAGGAGCAGACAAUGAGUACACAAGAAGAGGAGGAUGAGCCAAGUCUUGAUAAGGUGAUUGAACAACAUGCAUUAGAGGAGGAGCAGACAAUGAGUUCAGAAGAAGAGGAGCAUGAGCCAAGUCUUGAUGAUGAGGGGGACAAAACGGCUGCUCGAGAGCUGAAGGAUUAUUUGUUAGAGAUUCAAGCACACAUCGAUGGUUCCACUAGGAAAGGGCAAGAACCUAACAACGAUACGGUGAUUGAAGAACAUGCAGCAGACGAGGAGCAAGAACCUAGCAUCGAAAUCGAUCAUUCAGUAGAUGUCACUCCUCAGGUUAAUAGGAUUGGAACACGCAGUCAAGACCAUAAGGAAGAACCGGAUAAUGUAAAUGCGAAAGCUUCGGGUAGUCAGGGAACAUGGUCUGGCAGGAUCCGGCCUCGUCUACCAAGCCCACUACCUCUUUAUGUAUCCCCGUUGAAGAAGGCAACUUCCCCUGUCAGAAGGCCAAAGAAAUUCUGGACGCCUGAAGAAGUGGAAGCUCUGAGAGAAGGAGUCAAAGAUUUUGGUAAGUCAUGGAAAGAUAUAAAGAAUGCAAACCCUGCAGUAUUCGCAGAGAGGACUGAGGUGGAUUUAAAGGAUAAAUGGAGGAACUUAGUUCGGUAG